CCCUCCUUCAUAUGUGGCGCACACCGAUGGAGGAAUUGAAUCUGACUACGUGAGUUUCUUUUAUUUCCGAUUUAAGCAGUCACUAAUGAUUUAUACUGACCUUCUGGGCAGCUUUAAAAGUUGUCAGGUGAACCAACUGCUUCACAGUAAACACAGCGGUGUAAACAAAUUCCUCAGCUGAGCAACCUCGAGGAACACCCCCCACCAACACUCCAUUCCCAAGGGCUCCAAGUUACGCUUAUGACACUUUCGGCACUUGACCCUUUCUUUUUGCCCUUUCAGAGUCAACAAGCUUUCAACUGCCUCAUCUACACUACCUGAAUUUCCAACUUCCAGCCAAAGUGUAGAGAAGAGGAGAGUUUUAAGUAUUACCUCUUUAAAUAAUGAAGCAAUAAAUUUGCCUAAAGCAAUCUGUUUGCAAGACUGACCCAUACUACUGCUGAAUCUUGCAAUGGUGUGCUUUUUAUUUGGAACAGACAAAUUGCUUCAUUUGUGUCAUUUAAGCAGUCGAAAUAAACUUUGAACCAGAAACUGCACAAGAAAGAUGAUUUCCUAGACAAGAGAGAACAUACUUCUGUUUGUUUUGAUAGAAAUGAUUGACAGGUUUUCCACUGACAUCUCCAGAGUGGAAAGAAAAACAUCUGUGUUGCGAUCACACACAGCUGAACUGAGAGACGUCACUGAAUCCCAUUCAGUUCAUACUUUUGGAAACAUUCUUUGACUGUUCUAGAACUCUACAAAGUUUGCCCUCGGACAGAGCCAGAGGAAUCCUAAACUAAAUACUUUCAUCAUGUUGGAACUGCAGCAUGUAACAGCACAUCCAGCCAGGAGAGGCAGCUUGAAUACAAGUCUCUAGUAAUGCCAGGAUGAGCAGAAUGGCUGGACUCAAGUACUGAACAGAGCAAGAAAAUCCUCAUGUCUUCAUAAAUCGGGACGUAGCUCUUUCACAAAAAAUCCGGCAUACCCAGCAGAGCCUGGUGCUUUCUGUGUAGCCGUCUGCCGAGCUCCUCACUGAAAACUCUUCUUUUAUUUUACCCAUGCCUGCAUGUGGUGCAAGGAUGCCCCAUAACGCUGUCCACCGUUCUUGAGAAAGAGACUAAGGAGGAGGAGAAAGGGUAGGAAAUGACAGAGUGCCUGACAGAAUGCAAAGCGCUGGUGACUCCGUCCACGCGCAACGGUCACCGCGUCUUCAGCUACACGCUAGAGAGCCACACGUCUGCUGCCUUCGCCAUCAUGAACGAGCUGCGUCUGGAGCGUCAGCUGUGCGACGUCACACUACGAGUUCGCUACAAGGACCUGGAGGCGGUGGACUUUGUGGCUCACAAGGUGGUGUUGGCCUCCUCGUCCCCGGUUUUUCGGGCCAUGUUCACCAACGGCCUGAAGGAGUGUGGCAUGGAGUUGGUGCCCAUCGAAGGGAUUCACCCCAGGGUUAUGGACAGGCUGAUAGAGUUUGCCUACACAGCCAGCAUCUCUGUGGGGGAGAAGUGUGUCAUCCACGUGAUGAACGGUGCUGUCAUGUACCAGAUAGACAGCGUGGUCAAGGCUUGCUGCGAUUUCCUCGUGCAGCAGCUUGACCCCAGCAAUGCCAUUGGCAUCGCCAGCUUUGCGGAGCAGAUUGGUUGCACUGAGCUUCAACAGAAGGCCAGAGAAUACAUCUACAUGAACUUCAGCCAGGUAGCAACCCAGGAGGAGUUCUUCAACUUGUCUCACUGCCAGCUGGUCACCCUCAUCAGUCGCGAUGAGCUCAACGUGCGCUGUGAGUCCGAAGUCUUCCAGGCAUGUGUGGCCUGGGUGCGCUAUGACCGGGAGAACCGGCGACCCUAUGUCCAGGCCUUACUUCAGGCUGUCCGCUGCCAUUCCCUCACCCCCAACUUCCUGCAGGCCCAGCUCCAGUCUCUGGACUGGGACCCGCAGUGUAAAGACUACCUGGCCCAGAUCUUCCAGGACCUCACCCUCCACAAACCCACCAAAGUAAUUUCUUGCAGAACUCCCAAGGUGCCGCAGCUCAUCUACACAGCAGGGGGUUAUUUCCGUCAGUCUCUCAGCUACCUGGAGGCCUACAACCCCUGUACAGGAGCCUGGCUGAGGCUAGCAGACCUGCAGGUGCCCCGCAGCGGCCUGGCAGCCUGUGUGAUCAGUGGACUUUUCUAUGCUGUCGGCGGAAGAAACAAUGCGCCGGAUGGCAACAUGGACUCGAAUGCUUUGGACUGCUACAAUCCCAUGAACAACUGCUGGUUGCCGUGUGCACCGAUGCGCGUUCCCAGGAACCGAAUCGGAGUUGGUGUGAUCGAUGGCAUGAUAUAUGCAGUUGGUGGAUCACAUGGGUGCAUUCAUCAUAGUAGUGUGGAAAGGUAUGAUCCAGAAAGGGACCAGUGGCAGCUGGUAGCCCCUAUGUUAACUCGGCGUAUCGGUGUCGGUGUGGCGGUCAUCAACCGGCUGCUUUAUGCUGUCGGAGGGUUCGACGGGGCCAACCGGCUCAGCUCCUGUGAGUGCUACAACCCUGACAGGGACGAGUGGAGGACCAUGGCCUCCAUGAACACUGUACGCUCCGGAGCUGGUGUGUGUGCACUGGGUAAUCACAUCUUUGAUGGGGGAUACGAUGGCACCAACCAGCUCAACACAGUGGAGCGCUACGAUGUGGAAACUGAUACGUGGAGCUUUGCUGCCUCCAUGAGGCACAGACGCAGUGCUGGAGUUACUGCAUUACAUGGACGCAUCUAUGUACUGGGUGAGUAGUAGUGUAACUUGGAU